CGCCCCCCGCGCCCCCCCCCCCCCCAGCCCCGCGCGGCGAUCCCCGGCGCCGACGCCAUGCGCUGGCCGUGGUGCUGAUUCUGUCAGGCGCUGGCGCCGGCGGCGACCCCGCUCCCUCUCCCCCGCCGGACCCAGCUCUGCCCCCUGCGCCCACGUCCCGCCGAGUCCCCCUCCCUUUCGUCGCGGCCCCGGCCCAGGGUCUGGCCGCCACCAGCACCAUGCGCCCGGUAGCCCUGCUGCUCCUGCCCUCGCUGCUGGCUCUCCCGGCUCACGGACUCUCCUCAGAGGCCCCAACCAUGGGGGAAGGGCAAGCCCCAGGCAUGGAGGAGACGGAUGGGGAGCUGACAGCGGCCCCCACACCUGAGCAGCCAGAACGAGGUGUCCACUUCGUCACAACAGCCCCCACGCUGAAACUGCUAAACCAUCACCCACUGCUCGAGGACUUCCUACAAGAGGGGCUGGAGAUGGGGGAGAAGGAACUGAGGCCAGCACUGCCCUUCCAGCCUGACCCACCUACACCCUUCACCCCAAGUCCCCUUCCCCGCCUGGUCAACCAAGACAGCCGCCCUGUCUUUACCAGCCCCACUCCGGCCAUGGCUGCAGCACCCACUCAGCCCCAGUCCAGGGAGGGACCCUGGAGCCUGGAGUCAGAACCCCCUGUGCUUCGUAUUGCAGCUCCCCUACCUCCAGGACCCAGCAUGGCAGUGCCCACCCUAGGCCCAGGGGACAGGCCCAGUACUACACCCCCCAGCAGAGCAUGGACUCCAACCCAAGAAGGUCCUGGAGACAUGGGCAGGCCAUGGGCUCCAGAGGUCAUGUCCCAGACCACAGGGCUCGGAAUCGAGGGGACCAUUGCCACCUCCACAGCUUCAGGGGAUGACGAGGAGACUACCACCACCACCACCAUCAUCACCACCACUAUCACCACAGUCCAGCCACCAGGCUCUUGUAGCUGGAAUUUCUCAGGCCCAGAGGGCUCUCUGGACUCCCCCACAGCCUCCAGCUUACCCCCUGAUGUCGGCCUGGAUUGUUUCUACUACAUCUCCGUCUACCCUGGCUAUGGUGUGGAAAUCAAGGUCUGGAAUAUCAGCCUCCGGGAGGGGGAGACCAUGACUGUGGAGGGCCUGGGGGCACCUGACCCACUACCUCUGGCCAACCAGUCUUUCCUGCUGCGGGGCCAAGUCAUCCGCAGCCCCACCCACCAAGCAGCCCUGAAGUUCCAGAGCCUCCCGCCACCUGCUGGGCCUGGCACCUUCCAUUUCCACUACCAAGCCUAUCUCCUGAGCUGCUACUUUCCCCAACGUCCAGCUUAUGGAGAUGUGACUGUCACCAGCCUCCAUCCAGGAGGCAGUGCCCGCUUCCACUGUGCCACUGGCUACCAGCUGAAGGGUGCCAGUCUCCUUACUUGUCUCAAUGCUACUCAACCCUUCUGGGACUCCCAGGAGCCUGUAUGUAUUGCUGCCUGUGGUGGUGUGAUCCGUAAUGCCACCACUGGCCGUAUUGUCUCUCCGGGCUUCCCGGGCAACUAUAGCAACAACCUCACCUGCCACUGGCUGCUCGAGGCUCCUGAGGGCCAGCGGCUACACCUGCACUUUGAGAAGGUUUCCCUGGCAGAGGAUGAUGACAGGCUCAUUAUUCGCAAUGGGGACAACGUGGAGGCCCCACCUGUGUACGAUUCCUAUGAGGUGGAAUACCUGCCCAUUGAGGGCCUGCUCAGCUCUGGCAGACACUUCUUUGUGGAACUCAGUACUGAUAGCAGCGGGGCAGCUGCAGGCAUGGCCCUGCGCUAUGAGGCCUUCCAGCAGGGCCAUUGCUAUGAGCCCUUUGUCAAAUACGGCAACUUCAGCAGCAGUGCACCCUCCUACCCUGUUGGUACCACUGUGGAGUUCAGCUGCGACCCUGGCUACACCCUGGAGCAGGGUUCCAUCAUCAUCGAAUGUGUUGACCUCCAUGACCCUCAGUGGAAUGAGACAGAGCCAGCCUGCCGAGCUGUGUGCAGCGGGGAGAUCACAGACUCGGCCGGAGUUGUGCUCUCCCCCAACUGGCCAGAGCCCUAUGGCCGUGGGCAGGACUGCAUCUGGGGUGUGCAUGUGGAAGAGGACAAGCGCAUCAUGCUGGACAUCCGAGUGCUGCGCAUAGGCCCUGGUGAUGUUCUUACCUUCUAUGAUGGGGAUGACCUGACAGCUCGGGUCUUGGGCCAGUACUCAGGGCCCCGUGGCCACCUCCAGCUCUUUACCUCCAUGGCUGAUGUCACCAUCCAAUUCCAGUCGGACCCUGGGACCUCAGUGCUGGGAUACCAGCAGGGCUUCGUCAUCCACUUCUUUGAGGUGCCCCGCAAUGACACAUGUCCAGAGCUGCCUGAGAUCCCCAAUGGUUGGAAGAACCCGUCACAGCCUGAGCUGGUACAUGGCACUGUGGUCACUUACCAGUGCUACCCCGGCUACCAGGUGGUGGGAUCCAGUGUCCUCAUGUGCCAGUGGGACCUAACCUGGAGUGAGGACCUGCCCUCAUGCCAGAGGGUGACUUCCUGCCAUGACCCUGGGGAUGUGGAACACAGCCGACGCCUCAUAUCCAGCCCCAAGUUUCCUGUGGGGACCACAGUGCAGUAUAUCUGCGACCAGGGUUUUGUGCUGACGGGUAGCACCAUCCUCACCUGCCAUGAUCGCCAGGCCGGCAGCCCCAAGUGGAGUGACCGGACCCCCAAAUGUCUUCUGGAACAACUCAAGCCAUGCCAUGGCCUCAGUGCCCCCGAGAAUGGAGCCCGCAGUCCUGAGAAGCGGCGACAUCCAGCAGGGGCCACCGUUCACUUCUCUUGUGCCCCAGGCUAUGUGCUGAAAGGCCAGGCCAGGAUCAAGUGUGUGCCUGGGCACCCCUCGCAUUGGAGUGAUCCCCCACCCAUCUGUAGGGCUGCCUCUCUGGAUGGGUUCUACAGCAGCCGCAGCCUAGAUGUUGCCAAGGCACCUGCUGCCUCCAGCACCCUGGAUGCUGUCCACAUUGCAGCUGCCAUCUUCUUGCCGCUGGUGGCAAUGGUGCUGUUGGUGGGAGGUGUGUACCUCUACUUCUCCAGGCUCCAGGGGAAAAUCCCCCUCCAGCUGCCCCGAACACGCCCCCACCCCUACAACCGCAUCAUGGUGGAGUCAGCAUUUGACAAUCCAACCUAUGAGACUGGAUCUCUUUCCUUUGCAGGAGACGAGAGAAUAUGAAGUCUCCAUCUAGGUGGGGGCAGCCUGGGGACGCCACCUCAGCCCUGCAUCACAGCCCAGCAGCAGGGCUUCCGGCUUCCUGCUGUCUCUCCACCUCCUGUACAUACCACUUGGGAAGAGACGCCACCUAGCCCUCAAGAAGUUGUGCCCUUCCCUGCCUGCAAUGCCUACCAUGGCCUAUUUUCUUGGUACCACUGCCUACUUAGGGCCCUUCCUUGGAUGCAAGUCAGGGGGCAAAUACCUAUGGGAAGAACACAGCUGGAGCACAUGCAUCAACAGCCAGCAUUCUUCUGACCCUCCUUCAUGCCCUGGACCUCCAGCCUGGAAUUCCCAGGCAAAGCAGGAGUACCAUCCUCCCUAUAACCACAAUCCAACCCUGGCACUUAGAACCCUGCAGCAGAGUUCACUUGAUGGUGGUGGAAACAGCCCCUCACAGGGCCAUCACCAAUAGCCAAAACUGCUUUCAAUGGUGACCUGUGGGUAGUCCUGGCAUGCCAACAUGAAGAGGUCUCUAAUCCUUCUCUAAAGCCCAGGGAAUGGACAGUUCUGCCUCUUGCCCCAUCCCAGUAGAGGUAAUAAUUCUAAGAAAUCCUGUGGGAUUCAGGGACCUGACCCCAAGCUCAGGUUGGGCUUCCCUGGGCACUCAUGCUCCACACCAAAGCAGGACACCUCACUGUACCCCUGGCCACCCUAUACCCUGAAGAGAGGGAGACCUUCCCCUGAUGUUGAUCUGGCUGUUACAAACAUCUUCUUUCCCACUAGUCCUUCCUCCAACCCCAGACACUUGCCAGGUUCCCCUCCUGGCCACUAAGUUAUGGUAUGAGGGGAGUGGGGAGGCAUAUUCUGGAGAGCAGCAGAGGUCCGAGGACCCAGGAAUUUGGCAUGGAACAGGGGGUCAAAGAAUCCCAGGGAGCAGCCUAGGAGCUGGCUGAAGGUCACUUUGUAUAUGUAAUGUAUUAUAUGGGGUCUGGCCUCCAGCCAGAUAACAAUCAUUUAUUUCUUUUGUUUCCUUAUUAAAAUGGUGUUUUUGAAAAAAACCAAGAAAUGA